UGCAGGGCUGGGCGAAGGCGCUGGGUGGGGCCUGUGGACCCUCCUUUUCUUGGCGGGGGUCGGGCGUGCGGUCCCGGUCCCCGUAAUGUACGGAGGUAGAGAGGGAAAGGGCUCUGGCCCCCUCGGCGUCAUGUCUUCGGUACCGGCUGCUUCCAGUCCGCCGGUUCUAUCCUCAAGCGCCGGGACACGUCUCCAAGGAGCCGGGCCGAACGAAGGUUCAGCAGGCUCCUCCCCAGGGUGCUCACGCCUUCUCCUUUGAUUUCAGGUCUGUGGAGCCGCCCCAGGAGUCGAAGCUGUCACAUCCCCUCCACUUUAACUUCCCGUUGCAAACAAUAAAGUCGUUCGUACCGUAGUAAGUUUGUGUCCGCGUUCAUUUUUCGGAGGCUGCAGAGUUAGGAAGGCUGUACGCGUGAUUCCUCAAAGCGGAUUUUGCAGCUCUUCCCUUGGACCUCAGGACCUUCCCGGCAACUCGCGAUGGCAGCCCUGCGCCGAACCCUCCACGUGGCGAGCCUGGCGGCGGGGGCGCGCCGCCCCUUGUCCGGCUCCCUGGCUGGUAGCUGCCUGGCCGACUGCUGCCUCUGGGAUAAGCUCCACGCCCAACCCCGUCAGGGCAGCGUCCGCACCUUCGACUGGUUCUUUGGUUACGAGGAAGCCCAGGGGCUUCUACUGCCCCUGCUGCGGAAGGCAGGGGCUGCCUGUCCACCGCGGGUGUUGGACGUGGGCUGUGGGACCUCAACCUUGUGUACGGGCCUCUACACCAAGUGCCCACACCCCGUGGACGUGCUGGGGGUGGACUUCUCUCCUGUGGCUGUGGCCCACAUGAACAGCCUCCUGGAAGGCGGCCAAGGCCAAACACCCCUGUGCCCUGGGCACCCUGCCUCACGCCUCCACUUCAUGCAGGCUGAUGCCCAGAACCUGGAGCCAGUGGCUUCCUCAGGCUCCUUCCAGCUAGUGCUAGACAAGGGCACCUGGGAUGCUGUUGCCCGGGGUGGUCUUCCUGGAGCUUACCAGCUGCUGUCAGAAUGCCUGAGGGUCCUAAGCCCCCAGGGGACCCUGAUUCAGUUCUCAGAUGAGGACCCUGAUGUGCGGCUGCCCUGCCUGGAGCAAGAGUCCAAAGAGUGGACUGUGACUGUGCAGGAGCUGGGCCCUUUCAGGGGUAUCACCUACUUUGCUUACUUGGUUCAAGGCUCUGAUUAAAGACUUCUUAGACCUGA